AUGCUAGUAGCACAGAGUUCAGAGUAUUAUAAGCAGGCCCUAGAGGAGUAUGAGGAAUUGAAGAAGGAACGUGAUCAAGAAGCAUGGGAUAAACGCAUAGAUAACACUGGUUGUUAUGUAGAGAAUAUGGCACUACGUCUAUGUCAUGCCGAUACAGGUGAUUGGAGGAAAUGCUUGCUAGAGAUGGAAUUAUUCAAGAACUGCUGGAAGGAAAAAGGUAAUGUCGGCAGGGUCCACACAGUGGAUCGAGAAGUGUAA